GAUCAUCCUGUCACUAACUGCUCUGGUUCCUCCUGCAGGAUUUAACACCAGCAUUUAUCCAGUCUGUUGCAGACUACUGCAGGAUUCAGACACUCAGAAACAAAGUUUCUUAGUUUUCCUGUUUCCUCCUGCAACAGGCUGUUACUAAUGGUGUGAGUAGAGAGCCAUCCGGGCUCCCCGCAGCACCCAGAGGUGUCUCAACACCCAGACAUGGACACGAUCGGAGUCUCUUUUCUGGACCCCCUGGAUGACUACGAGCUGAUCCAGAGGAUCGGGUGCGGGACCUACGGAGAUGUGUUCAAGGCUCGCAACAUCAGGACAUCUGAACUGGCAGCUAUCAAGAUUGUUAAGCUCGACCCUGGUGACGACAUCACAUCCAUCCAGCAGGAGAUCACCAUGAUGAAGGAGUGCAAGCACAAGAACAUCGUGGCGUACUUCGGCAGCUACCACAGGAAUACUAAGCUGUGGAUCUGCAUGGAGUUCUGCGGUGGAGGCUCACUGCAGGAUAUCUAUCAGGUGACGGGUCCACUGAAAGACAAACAGAUAGCCUUCGUGUGCAGGGAAACCCUUCAGGGUUUGUAUCACCUGCACGAAACUGGCAAAAUGCACAGAGACAUAAAGGGAGCCAACAUCCUUCUGACAGAGAGAGGAGAUGUGAAACUGGCUGACUUCGGAGUGGCAGUAGAGAUCAGCGCCUCAGUGGCCAAGAGAAAGUCUUUCAUUGGAACUCCAUAUUGGAUGGCUCCAGAGGUGGCUGCGGUGGAAAAGAAAGGUGGUUACAACCACCUGUGUGACAUCUGGGCCGUUGGUAUCACUGCUAUUGAGCUGGCUGAGCUGCAGCCGCCCAUGUUUGACCUGCACCCCAUGAGAGCAUUGAUGUUGAUGUCAAAGAGCAGUUUCCAGCCCCCGAGACUGAAGGAUAAAACUAAGUGGUCUGCAGGUUUCCAAAGCUUCGUGAAGAUGGCACUUAUCAAAAACCCCCGCAAAAGGCCGUCGGCUGAGACGCUGCUGCAGCAUCCAUUUGUGACACAGCUGCUCACCCGCAACCUGGUGAUCGAGCUGCUGGACCUGGCCAACAACCCCGAGCUCCUCAACUCCUUCCCGCACAGCCUUGAUGACAAUGAGAUGGAGGUCGGGGACGAGGCUCCAGACAAGAUACAAUCAGCAGGAAAACAUCAGUCUGUGAAGAGGACCCAAUCUGAAAAACAAUUUGACCAGAUAAAGUUUGGGCCUCCGCUGAGGAAAGUCACAGAGCCGUAUCCUGAUGUGGGUUCCUAUGACGACGACUGGAGUCUGUCUGGAGAUGAAGACAGCUCAAAGAGCCUGCUGGAAUGUGUGGAGCAAGCUCUGCAGAUGAGGAGUUUGACUAUUAAGAGAGCGCCAUCUGCUGAUGGAGGUAGGAAGAGCGGUUUGUUCGCUCCGUCUACAGCGUCCUUGCCGGCCUUCAGCUAUUUAACUAGUGAGCCGGAGGAGACGGAGCUGACGCAGAGACCCAGCUGCACGCUGGGCCCCGACUCCGCCAUCAUGACGGAGUCCAGCUCCCCCGCAGUCUUGGCCCGCUGCUCAGCGGAGCAGGACAUCAGAAAGCGCUGCAACGAUCCUAAUGACCCGUGCCUGUACGUUGACGACGCUGUGGCGGCAGAACGGAGGAUGGUUACUCCUGUUUCCUCAGCAGAAACGGAAGCGCCGCUCUCACCUGAGUGGAGCACGCUGAGGAGAAACACGGAGAACUCUAGAGCUGAUUGUCAUGGACUCCCUCCCACCCCUCAAGUCCAUAUGGGAGCGUGUUUCUCUAAAGUGUUCAACGGCUGUCCUCUAAAAAUCCACUCUGCUGUCACCUGGAUUUUACCCAAAACACGUGAUCAGUACCUCCUCCUUGGGGCGGAGGAGGGAAUCUACACCCUGAACCUCAAUGAGCUUCACGAGGAUACGCUAGAGAAGCUGCUUCCUCAGCGCUGCACGUGGCUGUAUGUGAUGAACAACGUACUGAUGUCCGUCUCAGGAAAGUCGUCCCAGCUUUAUUCCCACAGUCUGACAGCUCUGUUUGAGCAGAGAGGACACGUCCAGAAGAAGCACAGCAGUCUUUCUCUCAGCACCAGCCGCUUCACUGAGAGAAUAUCCCACAGAAAGUUUGCCAUAUCUGUGAAGAUUCCAGACACUAAAGGAUGUAGAAGAUGUAGCGUAGCGAGAAACCCGUACACAGACAGUAUAUUUCUAUGUGGGGCCGUCCCCACCGGCCUGGUCCUGCUGCUGUGGUACGAGCCCCUGCAGAAGUUCAUGCAUCUUAAGCACAUAGUCACCCGGCUACCGGACUGCCUGCCCGUGUUCGAGCUGCUGGUCCUGGUGACGGAUGAGUUCCCCCAGCUGUGUGUGGGGGUGAGGGAGAGUCCUGAUGGGAAACCUCCACACAGCCAGCAGCUCCAGUUUGACAUCGUGGAGCUGAACGGAGCAGCAGUUUCAGUUCCAGAUAACGGGGCACUUCGAGCCACACAGGUGACCCAACUGGAUCGGGACACGGUUCUGAUUGCAGUUGAAAAAAGCGUCCGGGUUGUGGACCUGCAGGGGCUUCCGUCCAAACAGCUCGCUGCUGAGAUGCUCUUUGACUUUCCAGUUCAAACACUAGUCUGCUUACAGGACAGUGUUCUGGCUUUCUGGAAACACGGCCUGAGAGGGAGGAGUUUCCACUCCGAUGAGGUAACACAGGAAAUUACAGAUGUGAGUCGAGUAUUCCAGGUGCUGGGAGCAAACAGAGACAUAAUCCUUCAGAGCAAGCCAACAGAUGACCCAUCUGCACCCAGCAAUCUGUAUAUCCUGACCGGCCACGAGAGCAGUUACUGA